AUGGAAUCAUUCUUCAGAGACCGCGUCUAUGCUGUUUCCGGCGGUGCAAGUGGAAUAGGCUUUGCGACUUCGAAACUGUUGUUGAAAUACGGCGCUAAAGUCUCCGUGGGGGACAUACUUAUUCCUGGAAAUCUCCUUUCAGACCUCGCCAAAGAGAUCCCCGCCACAGGAACAACAGGCCCCGAGGCAGAAGCGCCCGAACACAAACGUAUUCUUCUCAGAAAGGUCGACGUGCGGUCUCGCGAUGCCGUCGAGUCGUGGAUAAACGAGACCGUGGAACACUUUGGCAGGCUGGACGGGGCGGCAAAUCUGGCAGGUACAAUCCCCAAGGAUCAUAAUAUUGGUGGCAUUGAGGAUGUAGACGACGAGCAGUGGCAUUUCGUCUUCGAUGUCAACGUGCAUGGUAUGGUGAACUGCAUGCGGGCGCAGCUCAAAUUCAUCGGGAAAGAUGGAAAGGAUGGGCGGAGGGCAGGGGGAGCUGUCGUCAACGCAGGAAGUGGACUGAGUCUUCAAGGGAGGGAAUACACGACUGCAUACACGGCGAGUAAACAUGCCGUACUCGGCAUGACGAGGUGUGUGGCCAAGGAGGUCGGGAAGAGGGGAGUCCGUGUGAACUGCGUUGCGCCGGGUUUCACGGACACACCGCUGAUGAAACAGUCCAUGGCGAUAUCUGAGGGUUCGGCGUCGGCAGAGGAUUUCUCAACCACGGCACUAGGCAGGAUGGCGCAGCCGGUCGAGAUUGCAGACACAAUCGUCUAUCUGUUGAGUGACAAGGCGAGUUUCGUGACGGGAGCGUGCGUCUCUGUUGAUGGAGGGUGGUUUUGUUGA